CACACGUCGCUCUCCACCAUCUUCAUUCUCUCUGCUCUCUGCUCUCAGUGCCUCUCAGCUCUCGAACGCACCCAUCUAACAGUUCGACUCCUCUCUCAUUCUCAUCAUCAUCAUCGUCAUCCUCAUCAUCUCUUCUUCAGUUCAGUCUAUGAUCGAGGUUCUCUGGCAUUGAGUGUGGUUCUCCAGUGAUCAAGAUCGGCGCAAAUCUCCAUUUUUUUUGCCCCGAGAGACAGCAAAGAUAUUCUGUUCAUAGUUUUUGUAGUUAGUUUAGAUAAACCAUAGUAGAUGAUGGCUUCACCUGCUCUUGACUCGCCCUGGCCAACCUCGGCAAGAGAGUCAUUAUUUUGUGGAUCUUUCAAUAUACAUAUGGAGGAAGAGAUUCCUGCCGAUAUUAUACCUGUGCUGGAAGACCCGACCUCUUCUGUGUCCUAUAGCCAUACUAUCCCAAAACCACCUCCUGUUCCUAUUAAUGCCUAUGCAGGAAACAAAUAUAUCAAAAGGCUUUCAGGGAGUUGCUCUGUCCCAAAGGAAACAAUAGAUACAUGGGAUAAGCUUUUCAAAGAAGGAUGUGGCGCUGAUGCGUAUAUUAUAACCGAGGGCAACUCAUGUAUUCCAGCUCAUUUGAGUGUACUGACUCUUGCAUCACCAGUGCUAGGUAAUUUCCUAUGGCAAUCAAAAGUACAAAAUGGAAUGAGAUACAUCAAGAUUCCUGGGGUACCUUAUGAAGCUAUCUACACAUUCAUUCGCUUUCUUUACUCAUCAUGCUAUGAAAAGGAAGAGAUGAAGAAAUAUGUUCUCCAUUUGUUGGUUUUGUCGCACUCCUACUCAGUUCCGUCACUGAAGAGAGUUUGUAUAUACUUUCUUGAGCAGGGAUGGCUUACCAAAGAAAAUGUGGUCGACGUGCUUCAAUUGGCAAGGAACUGUGAUGCACCACGGCUCUCUUUGAUCUGUGUACGUAUGAUUGUGAAGGAUUUUAAGGCCAUAUCUUCAACUGAAGGCUGGAAAGUGAUGAAAAAAGUUAAUCCUGCACUUGAACAAGAGCUGCUAGAGUUUCUUGUUGAAGCAGAUUCUGGGAAAGAGGAGAGGUUGAAGAAAAAAGAAGAGAAAAAAGUAUACUUGCAACUGUAUGAGGCAAUGGAAGCCCUCCUUCAUAUAUGCAAGGAUGGAUGUAGGACAAUUGGUCCCCGUGACAAAGUGUUUAAAGGAAGCCAGGUUGCUUGUGGUUUUCCUGCUUGCAAGGGGCUUGAGACUUUAGUUCGUCAUUUUUCCAGCUGUAAAACCCGGGUACCUGGUGGCUGUGUUCACUGCAAACGCAUGUGGCAGCUUCUUGAGCUGCACUCUCGUAUUUGCAAUCAGCCUGAUGCAUGCAAGGUUCCGUUGUGUAGGCAUUUCAAGGAGAAAAUGCAGCAGCAGACCAAGAAAGAUGAGGCUAAGUGGAAGCUGUUGGUGAGUAAAGUGCUAGCAUCAAAGGAUGCUCUGUGGCCAAUCUCUGGUCCACGGUCAAGUUUAUUAUGACCUUCUGUAUAACAAGCAAAAUGUACAAUGAAUCCUAAUCUGGUAAAAUAAAUGUAAUAAGAAUCCAAGGCUGUUGAUUUUGGUCCUUUAAAUUAAAGUCUAAUUCAACUCCUCUUGGAGUGUAACCCAUUGGAUUUCAGUACCCUUUUCAGUUCUCAC